GCCAUGUGAUCAGCUGUGUCCAAUCACAGCUGAUCACUGAUCAUCAGGGCACUGAUGAUCAGUGUGGCCCCAGAAGUGCCACCUGUCAGUGUCCAUCAGUGCCAGCAGUCAGUGCUCAUCAGUGCCACAUCAAUGCCACAUAUCAGUGCAUACCAGUGCACAUCAAUGCCACAUAUCAGUGCCCAUCUGAGCUGCCUUUCAAUGUCACCCAUCAGUGCCACCUCUCAAUGCCAAUCAGUGUCAGUCAGUGUCGCCUAUCAGUGCGCAUCAGUGCCGCCUAUCAGUGCCAGUCAG